AUGUUGAAAAUUAUCCAAACAGCUACAAGACGGGGGUUUUUGAAGACAAUCAACUCGCAGAGAAGUUACCUGCGAACGUUUCUAUCUCAAGCUUAUUACUGUAACGAAGUUUGGGACUCCCGGCUAAACAGCCCCCUUUUACAAAAAGUGAACCUCGAUGGUCUUUACUAUGAACUGGACCAAGGUUUUCAAAAGACGCGUCGAAUUAGCCCUGUUGAUGUCGAUAUUUUCGCAAAUGCGCUAAAAGACGAUGUUUUCAUUGACGAAUUGUUAGAUUUGGUCCACAAAUUGAGGUUAAGUCCGGACACUGGUAACACUUUAAAUUCGACUUCGCACGCUGUGGUUCGGACCCUUUUGCGAAAUGACAAGGUUAAAGAGUUGCUCCAAGUUUUGGACGAUCGGUUGAAUUACGGAGUGUUUUUGGAUGAUUACACUGCGAAUAUUUUAAUGGAUAAGUUCUGGAAAAGUAAGGAUUUUGCGGCUGGGUGUCUCGUCGCCAGUCAGAUGAUGCUCCAGGAGGAUUUAAAGCACCCAGUGACCGUAAAUUUGGCGCUUUUACAUUGCUAUAAUUAUUUGUUGAAACCUGGGGAUUGGCUCGAGAUGCCCCAACCGGAAGAACCUGAAGAGGAAGUCAAAAUUCGGGUCAAUUAUAUACGGAAUCCGUUCAAUGACGAACAUUUCGACUUGAGGGAACCUCAGAAAAUUGUGGGAAAAACACUUGCCGCAGCUACUAGAGACAGAAAUGAUUCGUUACACAACUCACUCAGAAUUAUCGGUCUUGCAUUAUUUGGUAAAGAAGAACUAGUGAAAAAAGAAAUGGAGGCGAGAAAAAACACUAAAUUAAUUAAGCAAGUUGUUCAGCUUCUCCCUGAUGAUAACCCCUUCAAGGCUGAUUUAACCCAACUAGAAUUGGUGUCUGAAGACGUGCAAACAAUUUUAGAGAAACAACUAACCGAAAGUAUUGCCGUGACGUCAGAAAAGGACAUAGCCAAUCAGUGCAGUUUGUUCAAACAGUGGGAAAACGAAAGACUCCAAGCCUUAGAAGAGCAAAAGAAACGUCUCCACACCCUUGAGCGACUCGCCGAAGUUGAACGAAUGAAGAAAGAACUCAGCGAAAAAGAAGAAAAAUUAUGGUUCUUUGAAAACGAAGAAAAGAUCGAGCUCGAAAUCGAAGAAGGCACAGCCGCGAUACCAACCCGACAAACCAAAGAAAAGAAAACCGACGAAGACUACGUCCCGCCUGAGAUAAUAAAAACGCACAAUUAGUUUUUUAUAUUGUAAUAAUAACAACAAAUAUAAAUAGUAAAAACA